UGCCGGUGCCGCAGUGCCUGCCGGGAAGCCUGUGAGGGAGAAGCACCUGCGUCGAGAGAGAGAGAGAGAGAGAGAGAGAGAGGCUGCGGGGGAGAGAAGAGCUGCGCGCGCAGCGAUGACGACCAUGCUGUACCCACCACGCGAGGAGAAGAUGAGCCAGGAUGAGAUUGUGCUGGGCACCAAGGCCGUGGUGCAGGGCUUGGAGACAUUACGCACGGAGCACCACUCGCUGCUGGCUGCGUUGCUUGACACUGUCAACCGUAUGGAACAACAGCAUGAAAGCAGUGCUGCCCAGGAGAAAGCCAGUCUCUUGCGGAAGUCUCUGGAAGCCAUCGAACUGGGGCUCGGGGAGGCUCAGGUGAUCAUUGCCCUAUCCAGCCACCUGGGCGCCGUCGAAUCGGAGAAACAGAAGCUGCGGGCUCAAGUGCGGCGCCUGGUGCAGGAGAACCAGUGGCUGCGGGACGAACUGGCCAAUACCCAGCAGAAGCUGCAGUGCAGCGAGCAGGCCGUGGCUCAACUCGAGGAGGAGAAAAAACACCUGGAAUUUAUGAACCAGAUCAAAAAAUUCGAUGACGACGUCUCCCCAUCGGAUGAGAAGAGUGGGGAUACGUCCAAGGACACCCUAGAUGACCUGUUCCCCAGUGAUGAUGACCAGGGACAAGGGCAGGCGCACAGCAGUGGGGAUGCGGCGGCCCAGCAUGGCGGUUAUGAGAUUCCAGCCCGCCUGCGGACGCUCCACAACCUGGUGAUCCAGUACGCCUCGCAAGGGCGCUAUGAGGUGGCCGUCCCACUCUGUAAGCAAGCGCUGGAGGAUUUGGAGAAGACCUCAGGCCAUGAUCAUCCGGAUGUGGCGACCAUGCUGAAUAUUCUUGCUCUGGUGUACAGGGACCAAAAUAAAUACAAGGAGGCAGCCCACCUUCUCAACGACGCCUUGGCCAUCCGGGAGAAAACACUGGGGAAAGAUCACCCAGCUGUGGCUGCUACUCUCAACAACCUGGCCGUGCUGUAUGGCAAAAGGGGCAAAUACAAGGAGGCAGAGCCCUUAUGCAAGAGAGCCCUGGAGAUCCGGGAAAAGGUACUCGGGAAGUACCACCCAGACGUAGCCAAGCAGUUGAACAACUUGGCCCUCCUGUGCCAGAACCAAGGCAAGUACGAGGAGGUCCAGUACUAUUACCGGCGCGCUCUCGAGAUCUAUGAGUCGCGUCUCGGGCCCGACGACCCCAAUGUGGCCAAGACCAAAAAUAACCUGGCAUCCUGCUACCUCAAACAAGGCAAAUACAAGGAUGCCGAGGCACUCUACAAGGAAAUCCUGACCCGAGCACAUGAGAGAGAAUUUGGGUCUGUCAAUGGAGACAACAAGCCCAUCUGGAUGCAUGCUGAGGAGCGGGAGGAGAGUAAGGUAAGAGAACGGAGCCAGGACUUUGGGCCAGAAUCCCAAAUGAUCCUAAAUCCCUAG